CGACGAAACGCUUGUAGAAACAAAACUUUGGCCACUGCACAGCUGUAUAUUAUUUAGACGAGAAUGCGGACUACCCUUCCUUUCGGAUAAGAAGGUUCCACACAGAGUUCAGGCAAGAUCGUCUGGAAAGUCAGAAAAAGGUAGUCGGGGGGCUCACAGCAAGCGCUGAAAGCCCAAUCAAAACUUUAGGGAGGAUGGGGCACGAGGCUGAAGCAGCCUCGACUGCUAAUCCCAAAACAAAGUCUCCAAUGAAACAGCUUCGUCACAGUAGUGCACCCACUAAACAUACCCGGGCCACAUCACCACCCGUCCGAGCCGCAUCCGUCAAACCGACACGUCCGUUGCCGGAAGCAAGAUCGCCGUCGCCUUUGCCUCCUUCCAAGCUACCCCCACCAACUCCAGCUACCGAGCACCGUCGGUACUCUCCAGUAUACAAAUGCUCCAAUCGCUUGCUCGCCAAACGAUGGGAUGAUGCCGCCCGGAAACGGCAUCGGGAGAAACUUGCUAGCAUGAAACCUGCUGUGGAUAACUCCCCGCCAAAGAAAUAUUCCCAUUUGGACAUGCGAUUAAAGAAAAUUAGGCAGGAACAAGAGCAAUCACAACGGGUGCAGCACGAAAACAUUAUCCUCUUGAAUCGCAUGGCUCGUCAGAUGAGCGCCCCACAAGGAUUUUCCAACAUUGAUUCUCAUUAUCGCGUGAAGGAGACGCUCAAGAAGCCUCAUCCCAGCGCACGGAAGCGACAGGAAGAACUGAAACAUGUAGACGAAGCCAAUAUUAUUUAUGUUCAACGUAUCGAAGAUCGCCAACCACAUUACAGCAGAGCAACAUGGAACGAAGAGCGGCGAAAGAACCUUCUGUACUUGGCAAACCAUUCACGGUUUCCCGAAAUUUAUGUUGAUGUUUGCGAGCGAGAAGGGGUUCAAUUACCAUUCGUUAAGCGUUCUCGUCCAGGAAGCGCCAGGAGCCCAGCGACGCAUCCAAGCGACGAGCAAGAAAGCGUGACAGCUGUAAAUACAGUAAAGAACGAGGAGACAAAGAACCGCAGCGACGAAAGUGAAGCUGGACAAGGUUGGGAGACAGAAGAUGAAGGAGAAGAUGGGGAGACGAAGACGAUAGAACAACAAAAUGGCGGGAUCACAGCCGAUUGAUGUUAUGUAACAGCCUCA